AUGAGUCUUCCAUUAAGUCAAGAUAAUAUAGAAUUACAUGAUUUGGGCAAGUCAUCAUCAACCACUUUACCAUUAUCAAAUAAUCUACAUACAGAAUCAAGAAAUUAUAAAUUACAUCCAAGUUCAAAACAUAUAUUAAAGAAGUUAUAUUUUGCAUUGAUAAUAGAAUCUAUUAUAUCAGUAACUAUAUAUUAUUUCUAUGAUGAUAUAUCAUUAAUUAAUCCAAAUCUAGCCCCAACCUUAUUAGGUUGUUCGUCAGGAGCAUUAGCACAGUCUAUAAAUCAAUUUCUGAAGAAAAAAUUCACACUUAAUAAGAUUUUUAAAUUUAUGAUAUGGGGUAGUAUAAAUGGUUAUUUCACAGUAACUUGGAUUAAUCUAUUAAUUUUACAUGUUGAUAAUUUAAUUUAUAGAAUAAUUAUUGAUCAACUUAUCGGUGCUCCAAUUUUUCAAUUAAUCUUUAACAUAUUAAAUACAAUAUGGGAUCAUGGUGAAAUAUUUUCAAAAAGUACGAGACAAGCUUAUCUUAAAUCUUUAAAAUAUAGUUAUUGUUAUUGGCCAUUUUUUAGUAUUUUUUCAUUUGUAUUUGUUCCUCAAACCAUGAUGUUUCCAAGUAAUUGUUUAGCAAACUUGUUUUGGAAUUUAAUAUUAAGUAAAAUAGCAUAG